UGUAUAAUCUUUUGUGUCAUCAUAGCACUAGUUCAUUUUUAUUUUUAUUAUUUUUUUCUGUAACUGAUGAGCGAGUUUUAUUUUUUCCUUUUAUAUUCUAGAGGAAAGAGAUACUGUCUUCUGUUUAAUCCUGGAUACUAUAUCCAAAGUCAGAACAUCAGCUCCAAAGCAGAAAGCUUCUGAAAAACAAAUAGUGUCAUGGCAUGGUUGUAGACAUUUUUCUAAAUGAUGGUUCCUAAAACUUUGCAUUAGAAGAAUUGGAAUUAGAUAACCAGUUUGAGAAACACUAGUAAAACCAAGUUACAAAGAUAAGAGGAAGAUCAUUACUGUAAUAAUUUUGAGGAAAUACUUAACCUGAGCUCAACUCUUUUUAAACAACUGAGAGUUUUCUAAAGAUAAUGACAUAAUCAUGCCAAAAAUGAUGGGAGCUUAAAGCAUAGUUCUGUUUCAGUUGAUUUUUUUAAAGGCAACUUAUAAAUGGAAAAUAGCUUAUUAGAUAUAAAAAAAGAUGAAUUUUUACCUCAAACUUUACUUAUUCUGGAAACAAUUUAAAAAAUGUAAAGCCAUAUUUCAGUGCUAAUGGAACCUGAGAAAAUCUUUGUGAGAGAGAAACAUGAAUGGAAAAUGUGGUAAAUCCUUCAGCCGGACCACUAAUCUUAUUCAACAUCAAAGAAUACACACUGAAGAGAAGCCUUAUGAAUGUAAUGAAUGUGGAAAAGCGUUUAGUCAGAGCACUAAUCUUAUUCAACAUCAAAGAGUCCAUACUGGUGAGAAACCUUAUGAGUGUAAUGAAUGUGAAAAAACAUUUAGUUAUAGGUCAUCCCUUAGAAAUCAUGAGAGAAUUCAUACCAGAGAAAAACCCUAUCCUUGUCAUGAAUGUGGGCAGGCUUUUAGCCAUAUUUCAGCCCAUACUCAACAUCACAGAAUUUAUACUGGAAAGAAACCAUAUGCGUGUACUGAAUGUAGGAAAACUUUCAGCUGGAGCACACAUCUUAUUGAACAUCAGGGAAUUCAUUCUGGGGAAAAAUCCUACCAAUGUAAGGAAUGUCGCAAAGUUUUUUGCCAUAGCACAUCACUAAUCCAACAUCAGAGAACUCACACAGGAGAAAAGCCCUAUAAAUGUAAUGAAUUUGGAACAGCCUUCAGUCAUACCCCAGCCUUCAUUCAACAUCAGAGAAUUCAUAUGGGAGAGAAUCCCUAUGAAUGUAAUGAAUGUGGAAAGGCCUUCAAUUGGAGCGCACAUGUUACUCAACACCAGAGAACUCAUACUGGAGAGAAACCUUAUGUUUGCAAGGAACGUGGAAAGACCUUCAGCCGAAGAACACACCUUACUGAACAUCUAAAAAUUCAUUCUGGGGAGAAACCCUAUCGAUGUAAUCUAUGUCAAAAACUAUUUUGCUAUAGAACAUCAUUAAUUUGACAUCAGAGAACUCAUACAGGAGAGAAACCCUACCAAUGUAAUGAAUGUGGGAAAUCUUUCGGCUUAAGCUCAGCCCUUACUAAACAUAAGCGAACACACACAGGGGAGAAACCUUAUCAAUGUAAUAAAUGUAGUGAUGUUUUUUGUCAUGGUACAUAAUUUAAUUUGAUACCAAAGAAUUCAUUUUAGAAAUGAA